UUAGAGCAACGCGGGCGGGCGGGGAUGGCGGCAGCAGCGGCGCCAAGGAGGGACACGCGGGGGCUCGGAGAGGAGAACCUGCCGGAGAGAAAAGUUUAUAUGGACUACAAUGCAACCACUCCCCUGGAGCCAGAGGUUAUCCAGGCUGUGACGGAGGCCAUGUGGGAAGCCUGGGGAAAUCCCAGCAGUUCUUACCCAGCAGGUAGAAAGGCCAAGGAGAUUAUAAAUGCUGCUCGGGAAAGUCUUGCGAAGAUGAUAGGUGGAAAGCCAUCAGACAUAAUCUUCACUUCUGGCGGCACAGAGUCAAAUAAUUUAGUGAUCCACUCUGUGGUGCAGCAUUUCCACAAAAACCAGGCCGCAAAAGAGGACGGGGUGCAGCCCCUGGGCGACGAGGCCCAGCCCCACUUCAUCACCUGCACCGUGGAGCAUGACUCCAUCCGCCUGCCCCUGGAACACCUGCAGGCCAAGGGCACAGCCGCUGUCACCUUUGUCCCGGUGUCUAAGGUGAGCGGACAGGCAGAAGUGGACGAUGUCCUCGCGGCUGUCCGGCCCACCACCUGCCUUGUGACCAUCAUGCUGGCCAACAACGAGACUGGCGUUAUCAUGCGUGUCCCUGAAAUCAGCCAGCGUGUCAAAGCCCUGAACUCAAGGCGGGCGGCCUCGGGGCUGCCCCGCAUCCUGGUGCACACAGAUGCUGCACAGGCAUUGGGAAAGAGGCGCGUGGACGUGGAGGACCUGGACGUGGACUUCCUUACCAUUGUGGGACACAAGUUCUAUGGCCCCAGGAUUGGAGCACUUUACGUACGAGGCCUUGGUGAGCAGACCGCUCUACACCCUAUGCUGUUCGGAGGUGGGCAAGAACGGAAUUUCAGGCCAGGGACCGAGAACACCCCAAUGAUCGCCGGCCUCGGGAAGGCCGCGGAGCUGGUGAGCGAGAACUGCGAGGCUUACGAGGCCCACAUGAGAGAGGUCCGAGAUUACCUGGAGGAGAGGCUGCAGGCCGAAUUUGGUAAGAAGAGAAUCCAUCUGAACAGCCAGUUUCCAGGGUCGGAGAGACUUGCCAACACCUGUAAUGUUUCCAUCCGGGGACCCCAGCUUCAAGGCCGCCUGGUACUCGCCCAGUGCAGGACACUGCUGGCCAGUGUGGGUGCCGCAUGCCACUCGGACCUUGGGGACCGGCCGUCCCCGGUGCUGCUCAGCUGCGGCAUCCCUUUUGAAGUGGCCAGGAACGCCCUCCGGCUCAGCGUGGGGCGCGGCACCACCAAGGCAGAGGUGGACCUCGUGGUGGAGGACCUGAAGCAGGCCGUGGCCCUGCUGGAGGGCUCCGCCUAGGGCAGAGGGAGCCCCUCCCACUGUGAGCACAGGACCUCAGUGUUCUGCUCCUAGGAGCCGGGAGCCAGGGCUGUGGAUACCUCCCUUCCCCUUGGGCAGCACGUGCACACGCACCCACAUCUGUCCCCCAGCGGAGCACACGGCACACACCCACAUUUCUCCCCCAGGGCGGCACGCAGGCAUGCACCCACCUCCUCCCUUCCCCAGGCGUCUCUCCCCCAAGGCUGGCUGGGACGACAGUUUUCCUGACUUCUCCAGGUCCUCGUUUUAUCCUGGUGUGUGAGGUCUGGUGACUCAGAAGCACGUGUGCUCUGGGCUUCCUCUCCCGAGGGACAGUUCCAGAGGAGCUACCAGGCACACAAACCCCAGUGGUCCUCAUAGGCCAGGACAGGGGAGCCCCUUGGGACAGUCACUCAUAGGCCCAGGAUACACACACCCACACAGGACAGUCAUUCAUAGGCCCAGGAUACACACGCCCACAUAGGAUGGUCACUUAUAGACCUAGGGACACACACGCCCCAUAAGAUGGUCACUCAGGCCCAGGACACACACACCCACAUAGGACAGUCACUCAUAGACCCAGGGACACACAUGCCCCAUAGGACAGUCACUCAGAGGCCCAGGACACACAUGGCCAUAUAGGACGGUCACUUAUAGGCCCAGGACAAGAGUGCCCCACAGGAGAGUCACUCAGGCCCAGGACACACACGUGCACAUAGGACGGUCACCCAGGCCCAGGACACACACGCCCGCAUAGGGCUGUCCCUUGUCUCUGCUGCUGAAUGCACAGGUGGAAGUGGACACGCCUGGGCACCUUCCUGAGAGGUGGCGCUUUUAUCCAAAUGAUGAGACCCAAGUAUUUAUUAUCCAUUGUCAGGCCAUCGCUAUCGUGAAAACAGGAGACUCAGUUUUUGCCUCGCUCUGAUCCUGGAGCUCGGCUUCAUGGGGCCUCCCAUCUGCACCUUUGCCCAGCAGCGUCCGCCUGGGUGGCUCAGAGGCUCGGAGGCCUGCCCCGUCAGUCCCCCAUGCUGCCCCCUCUGACCUCUCAGGGCUCCAGUCGGACGUGGCAGAGUAUGGGUGGCAGCUGCGCUCGGUGGUUCUGCUCAUUCUCAAGGUGGGAAGUCAGCUCAUCCAGCUUUCAUUUUAAUCUCAUUUCACAAAAGGAUUCUCCUGUCUUUACAAAGCACCUUGUGGCAUUCUCAUAUCACGUGCCAUCCGUGCUGCGGAGACAUUUACGUAGGGUUCAUUUUUAAUAGAAUAACCUUUUUAACGUGAAGUCUUAAAGUGUAAGCAAACAGCUGUCGGAAAUUAAAUAUAUUAAUAAAAUCCUUUAUUAAUACAUGUUAAUAAAAUAUGCCAUGUUUGCAGUUUUCUGGGUGGGUGCAGACACCCUGGCCUGGCGCUUUUCUCAUGGUGGGGAGUGCUUAUCCCUGGCACAGGUACAGACGGCCGGGGGGAGUGGGAGCGUUGUGCCAUAACUCCAUCCUAUCAUGGCGUGGUUAUGCUCUCUGGAGCCCCUGGGAAGCAGGCCUGGUCUGCGGGCUCCGCUAAGAGUAUGGGUAUCCUGCCCCACUGAAGGACAGUCUGGGAAAGAUGCCUGAGGGUGGCACUAAAACCUGAAGGGGGACCUUUUCUCUGCAGCCCGUAGGAACUGGACCACUGUGGUCGGAGGGAGG